AAAUCGGUCUAAGCAAUUCACCUUUUUUAUUUUGUUCUUAAAAGCGUUUCGUUCGAGUUCUUCAAAGGUUUUGAAUCCGACAAUCUCCAGGGACCAUCCGCAAUCAGGCAUCCCCAACAUCCGACGAUGUCCGACUCGGAUACUACCGAUUCCGACUGCGGUGUGCGAUACAAAACAACCACCACAAGGCACAAACAUUCUUCGGCACCAUCAACCAGCAAACCGGAUCGAGCUUCAUACCGCGAAAGCCAAAGUACUUCGCGCCAUUCCGAUCGAAGAAGAUACCGGAGGAGUCGUAGCAAAAGUCCUGACCGGAGAAGAUAUCGACGGAGAUCCCGUUCAGCUGAAUCAUCUGCUCAUUCCCGGACGCAUAAUCGUUCCUCACGAUCGUCGCGAAACGUUUCACCCGAACGAACAGCAACAACACCGAGUGAAAAGUUGUUGGAUAUAUCCGUCUCUUCCGUUUCCUCUCAAGAUGAUCAUCUGGAGCAACAUCAGCGUGAGGAAAAACAAUCAAACGAAUGUUUCGGACCUUCGCUUCCUCCGGCUGUAGCAGCGUCAAAAGAACCAUCUGACGAGCGUGACGGGGAUGAGUGUUGUGAAGUCAUCGGUCCAGCACUUCCUCCACAUUUGCUUGACCGAAAACCUGAGCCUUUACCAGAACCUCGCAGCAUUGGACCUUCACUACCACCCGGUUUCAACCCCGCGCACGCGGCCAACGACCAUGCGACUUCCGACUCUGAACUUUCUCCAUUCUCUGAACCGGACGACGAAGAUCCGGAUGACGGCGACAUCAUCGGCCCGCUGCCGGGAUCAUCCGGAUCGCGCGCAAAUGUCGAGCUUGAGCAACGCGCGCUAGAAAUGAAAAUACGCCAGAUGGAAGAAGCUACUGCCUUGGCCAACGGUACUUCCCUAAGCAACGUGCCGAAGGCACGUGAAGACUGGAUGCUCGAGCUGCCCGACAUACGAAAGAUUCCCGAUAUGGGACUCGGCGCACGGCAGUUUCGGACGCGUGAGAAACCCGAAAUCGGUGACCGCUCCGUGUGGACCGAUACGCCGGCAGAUCGUGAGCGCAAAAAGAGUACCGGUGUGGUGCGAUCGUCGAAAGGUAGCGAUCCCGCCGAGGAUCGCGAACGCGAACGAGAACGGAAGCUCAUCGAGAAGCGCGAUAAGGAACAGGAGAAAAUGGCAAAACAGCAUAAGAAGAAACAAAAACGUGACAAAACACUGCUGGAGAUUCAUCAGGACAAACUGAAAAAGGAAAAGAAGGAUUCGACCGACGGUACUAGGAGGCCAUUCAGUCGGGAUUUGGAUCUACAAGCCAACAGGUUCGACGAGGCGCAAAAGAAGGCUGUAAUGAAGAAGGCACAACUUUUGGAUACCCGAUUUUCCAGUGGCAGCUCAAAAUAUUUGUAGAAAUUGAGAUUAUCGACUGAAUGUCUGAACGAGACUUGUCAAGACAAAAAAAAAAUUAACAACAGUCAGGGAUAAGCGGGAUUGUUGUUCCUUUUUUUAAAUAGAAUUAGCAACGAUCCCUUGGUUGGAGAUAUGAAACCGUAGUUCUCAUGGAAGUGCAAAUGUAUUGUAUAAAAACCAACAAAGGAUGUUAUUGAAUCUUAAGCGUACCGUUAGUUUGUAGACAUCGAUUAUGUUCUUUCGUAAUGCAUUUUGAUCAUGCCAUUUCAUUUGCAACAUCAAUAAAAAGAGUAUGAAGGACUGUAA